AUGACUAGUAAACUGUUUGCACUUGUAGCGCUGGCUGCACUCGCGGCCGUUCACGCUGACCCGCCGCGACCGCGACUCAUUGACUUCAACCCUUGGUCCUGGAUUCCCAGCAACCGUAAUAAAUCUCCGUCUAUCAUGGACUACUUCUUUCCACCAUCCAGAACUCCCAAAAAUUCAAAUCUAGAUCCACCGGCCGAUAGGCAACCUCCGACUGAUUUCACUACACAAGAUAAUACUCCAACUAUGACCACUAUCCAAGAACGUCCUACAACGGUAGCUAGAAAGUCCCAUAAUAAAAUUAAAACAACCGUGUCAGUUGUUCGUCCAACUGCGACAACUCCCCCAAAAACGAAAAAAUCAUCCCAAAAACACGUCGCCACUGAUACAACCAUUGAGAUUAAAACAACACCAACAAUAAAGACUGAAACAUUGCCACCGACGACAACAACUGUUACAUCUACAGCUAAGCCUCCGAAAAGAUAUUCCAUCAAACCCGUGCGAACUACUGAAACCCCGACGGUUCAAGAUACGGAGUCAACUGUGAAUGUAAACAGCGAUAGCACGGAGACGGUCAUGGGUACGGACACGUCAGGUACAACAGCUGAAAUUACAAAAGAAACUGCUGUGACAUCAAAUAUUGCUACGGAGACUCGUACAACAGAUUCAAACACGGGCACAGAAACAACCAUAAUGGCGGAAAGCACUGUAACGGAACCGGCGGACAGUCGUGAGGGCUACUUACCAUUGCGGGACAAACCACAGCAAACCCACGUCAAGAUCAACGAGCAGACAAAUAAAGAGACGGUGCCAUUGCCGGCUGGUUCCACCAACGUACUAGCCAAGCCGACCAAAUACCAUUACUAUCCGCACAAUCAACACAUCUAUUUACUACCGGAGUGUGCUAUUCAACAGGUAUGCAACGCUGUAUACGUUCGUUUGAAUUACACGCAGCCUUUAUGCGCUUGUCCAGCCCGAUACAGAGACCCAUGCUCGGCGAGUUUGAACGCGGACGACCUGCAUACCACUCGCCUAACCACCGAUUCCAAAAAGAAGUAUGCAAAGAAGGCUGUAACAUUGGUUAAGACAUGCGAAGCUGUUUCUGAGAUGCGAGAAUGUCGUGCACCACGAGACUGGUCGUUAUUGGCGUUGCAAAAUAUACGGACGGGAAAAUCACACUAUUUAGUCAUAUGCCGAUGUCCCGAAACUCAUAUUCUAGAGGGGCCGAUGUCUCACGACCAGCCGACGUAUGCUUCGGUGCCUGGUAUAAGGGUCUACGGUAUGAUGUGCGUACGACCGACCACAGCUUAUCACUCCAGUUUCAACAACCGAUACACACCGAGCGUUCAGAGCACCACGAGCACGUACAAAGUGGACUAUUCUCAAGCCCACUCCUACGAUAAACCAGUCUACAAUAGAUAUCAUACGCACAGCUAUUUAAAUUCAAACUUCUACAAUAGACGAUCUAGAGCUGCACGCGUAAGGCGAAUGACAUCAGAAUACCCUCCUUUCCCAUGGUAUAAGGUAAAGGAAUUGGCACGAUCGUUACAUUGGAUCAAUUAA